GCGGCUCCCGUCGCACGUCGCGCGUCAAUCGCCUCGCGCCUCUCCCCUCUCGCCUGUCGCGCCGGGACAAGGGCGAUCGGCUCCCUCGAACCCGGGCUGCGCGGCGUGGCCGGCAUGAGCGCUCCGGAUGAGGUGUCUGCCUGGGGAGUGGGUCUGGGUCUGGGCCCGGAGGGCGGGGGACAGGCCAGCGUCCGCCCCGCCGGCCGCCGGGCCCCGCGGGCCCCGGGACGAGGUCUGGAUCUGGGGCCGCCGCGCAGCGGCGAGGGCGAGGGCGAGGGCGAGGGUGGGUUCCCAGACGCCGAGGGCUUCGAGUCCGAGCGGGAAGUGAUGGAAGCGGGAGGGCCCGUGCCGUGGGGCCGCGAAGGCCGCCCCGGCGCCCCGGCCGACGACAAGGCGGACGCCCUGGACUACGCGUCCCACCUCGCUGACGAGUCCGCGGCGAACACGGAGCAGCAGCUGACAGACCGCGAUGCCCGGGGCCUGCGGAGAAACCCGUCCCCGGAGAGCGGCGCCGUGGAGGCGUCGGGCGGUUGGGCCGGCCUCGAGGCAGGGCCCAGUGGGCGAGGCGCGCUCGCCCUGGGCCGCGUGGGGUCGCGGCCGCCUUCCGCCGCCCCACUGCACGUCGGUGGGCCCGAGGGGGGCCGGGCCUGGGGGAACCCGAAAAGAGGAGCCAAGGGCAGGUCGACCGUCCGGGUGUAUCGCCAGCGGCCCCCGGCCACCGAAGGCCCCGGCGGGCUGCCCUCCGACCCCGAGUCCUCAGAUGAGUUCAGCGAGAUACAGCUGAUGAGGGUGAGCAUUUACUCCAAAGAAGGCGGCCCAGCCAAGCCCAGCAGCCCCGAGGAUCCCGGGGACACAGCCAGACCCGCGAAUUUCCACGUCAGGGAGAAGUUCCUUCACGUGCGGGGCCCUUUCCUGACCUCCGCUCCCCGAGGAUUCACUUCGGUUGUGGAGAGGCAGGCCGUUGGAGAGCUGGACGUCUCCUCCUCUAAGAAAAUGCCAAGUGUGGUCUGGGGGAAGGGGGAGAGCAGGCCCAGCUACCAGGGAGCUGCUGCUGUUGCUGCCGCUGCAGGUGGCCUGCCCCAGGCCACCUCGAGGAGUAAGGCGGCCCAGGAGAAGAAAUGCCUAGGGGGGCCCUCAAAAGUGGCCCCGGGCAAAAGCUUCCCUUCCUGGGGGCAGAGAGUCUCGGCUGCUCCCCUGGAACCAGCCACCUUCCCCCCAAUCUCCGGUGUCCCGCUGCUUGGGAGGUCCGAGAGGUAUUCCUUGGUCCCUUCGGGACCCAAACAGUCCAAGCGCGCGGGCGCCGCCGGCAAGAAAUCUGUGGCCAGGAGGACACGGGAGGCAGAGGUGGCGGCCACUGCAGGAGAAGGCGGUGACUCCAACAGAGACGCGGUCCUCCCAAAGGGCCAACUUCCAACACAGAGGCCAGGCCCAUCUUCGUGCAUGCAUCGCAGGGAAUGCAGCAGCGGUGAUCUCCACGCCAGAGCACCCCAAGUUCCAGGAAGCUCGGAGCCCUGGGCCCUGAGCCAGGGAGACGUCCUGCACAGAGGGCCUGCCCUGUCCGAGGGUGGUGCUGCCUCACGUUCCACCCCGCCGAGGCCCUUUGCAGCUCCCUGGGGGCCUGGGAAGCUGGGUCGGAUGUCCUUUCCCUCGCAGGUGACCAGGAGCCGCCGGGCCAGCCCGCAAGGCCAGGAAGGCAGCAGGAACCACCGGCUGGCGCGCAGGGCUGUCUGCGGUGUCUCGUGCUACAGAGAGAAAUAGACGACCUUAAAGAGCAGCUUGCGGCCAUGCGGUCCCUGGCUGACAAGGGCCAGAGCCUCUGAAGUGAGUUGUUACACACACCGCUCCGCUUCGCACGGCCGUGGAUGUCGGCAGGGCCGGAGGCUGGCCCCGGCUCGGGCUCUUCCUGGACCCUGCGCUGUCGGGCAGGCGGAGCCCAGCAUCUCUGUAGCAGAGGGGCAGCUGGUGCCUUCGCAGCCAGGGAGCUGUGGCCAAGCCGGUUCCCUCCUGCCCGCCCUCAGCCAAGGCUUCCUCUCCCUGUUCUUUUGCCCCCCCUCCCCGCCCCGGUUCACAGCAGUUUCAAAUUAAAGUACCUCUCAGGUC